CCGCUGCGUGGGUAAAGCUCCUGGCCAGUCACGCAACGCACUCACAGUUUCAGGGUCUGUUCCAUUGCUUCAGAGGCUGAAGAAAAUCAAUCUUCAUCUGAUAUUAGACUCCAGGAACUUAAAAAAAAAAACACACUUACCGGCAUUUUUUAUAUGUUGGCAGCGCCUUUUGGCACAUUUUCGGAUCAGCUUGAAAUAAAUGCAUCGCACCCGAACUGACGCGCUGUGGAUCCGGGUCAUUAAAGAGUAAAAAUGAGCAAAGCAGAUAGAGGAUACAGGGGGAGCUAACCGGAUUCCUUUGGAUUUAUUUGUCGGUGCCUUUAAAAGGGAUUCAAUCAAACUUAUGGCGUGAAGGGCCACCUUCUGGCCUCCAUCACUCACAGCUAAUGGAUGUCUUUACCCAGUAUGCCUACAAUGACAGUUUCUACGAUAAUGGAACAUGGCACUUCAACGAAACAGGGCAAGAACCGAAGCACCAUUACAACUAUUACGCCAUGCUUCUUACGCUGCUCAUCUUCGUCAUUGUCUUCGGCAACGUGCUGGUGUGCAUGGCUGUGUCCCGGGAAAAGGCUCUGCAAACCACUACAAACUACCUGAUCGUCAGCCUGGCUGUCGCUGACCUUCUGGUGGCCACACUGGUUAUGCCCUGGGUUGUCUACCUAGAGGUAGUGGGAGAGUGGCGCUUCAGCAAGAUCCACUGUGACAUUUUUGUCACCCUUGAUGUGAUGAUGUGUACAGCAAGCAUCCUCAAUCUUUGUGCCAUCAGCAUUGAUCGAUACACAGCAGUGGCAAUGCCGAUGCUGUACAACACACGCUACAGCUCCAGGAGACGAGUCACCAUAAUGAUCUCUGUUGUCUGGGUUCUGUCCUUUGCCAUAUCAUGUCCCCUGCUGUUUGGCCUCAAUAACACAGCAACCCGCGAUGCGUCUCUCUGUGUCAUCGCCAACCCAGCCUUCGUGGUGUACUCCUCCAUAGUGUCCUUCUACGUACCCUUCAUCAUUACUCUGCUGGUUUAUGUGCAAAUUUAUGUGGUCCUGAGAAAGCGCAGAAAACGAGUAAACACAAAGCCAAAGCGGCGUGUGUGUCAGCCUGCUGACACCGACGUAGCAACUUCACUGAGGGACAAGUGCACUCAUCCAGAGGAUGUGAGGUUGUGCACCAUGAUUGUGAAGUCCAAUGGAAGUUUACCUGCCAACAAGAAAAAAGUGAUUUUCAUCAAAGAUGCAGCCACUGACGGGGAUGAUUUGGAGCUGGAUGAGCUAAACAACAGUGGCAGCAGCCAGAGGCAAAGACAUCAGACACACAGUGCUCUUGGAGACACUCCGGCCACCAGCCACCAGCAGCUAAUGCCCAGCAAGGCCAACGCUAGCCCCACACACCCUGAGGAUGGCCACAAAGCAGAAAAGAAUGGCGAGCCCAAGGAGGCCCUGGCUGACCCAGCACCAGUUGUAGCCAAAGCCUUCCAGACACAGGCCUUACCUAAUGGCAAGACUCAAACCUCUGUCAAAAACAUGAGCAAGAGGAAGAUCUCCCAACAGAAGGAGAAAAAAGCCACUCAAAUGUUAGCCAUUGUCCUUGGUGUAUUCAUCAUAUGCUGGCUGCCGUUUUUCAUCACACAUAUCUUGAACACCCACUGCACCAAAUGCAAGGUUCCCGCUGAGAUGUACAAUGCUUUCACUUGGCUGGGCUAUGUGAAUAGUGCUGUAAAUCCCAUCAUAUACACCACCUUUAAUAUUGAGUUCAGGAAGGCGUUCAUUAAAAUCCUGCACUGCUAAGCUGCAGCAUCCCUUACAGAUCAGACUGAGGGAGAUGGUAUAAAUAAAGGGUUUAGCAAAUACCUCAUACUGCGAAAGGAAAAUGCACCACAUGGGAAGAAAACUGAAAAGUUACAAAAAUACUGGAAGUAUCUUCUUGGAAGGCACGUUGACUGUUUGUGUAAGUUGUUUGUGGAGUCCUGUUCUCCAGAUAACUGAAUGUAAAACAAGAAAAGUCUGUACCAACGAUCUGUUUAUGGAGAAAACAAAACUACCACUGUUCUCUAAAAUCAUUGUGAGUGUUAUGUAAGGAGCCAUCUGUGUAUACCACACAAAUGCAAGUAGCAUACUGCUAUUUAUUGUAUGUGUAUUUUAUGUUUUCAUGAUGGAAAAACAUUAUGACUUCAGUGUUCAUUGCAGUGUUGAUAUCGAUCCACUUGAUCUUAUCCUUUAAAUCUAUCACAUGUUGGGAAUGUGUGUCGAAGGCAAGAUGUAUUUUCUGUAAAAUGUGACGAUGCCAAUAUUUGCAUUUUUGCAUUUUAUACACUGAUUAGUUCACUAUCAAAGAUGAAUUUUAAUGAAUGAUAUUACUGAGAAGUUUAUUUAAUGAAUUCAAUUCAAAAAGGGAAAUUAAUUAUAUGCAGAGUAAUAUAUUUCAAGUGUUUGUAUCUGUUAAUUUAAUGAUUAUGGCUAACAGCUCCAACCCAGUUCGGUUUCUAGGAAAAUUUUAAUAUUACCUAAUCCCAAUGAAAUGAUUUUAAAAACAGAAGUGCUGGCUUACUGAAAAGUAUGUCCAUGUACUGGAUGGUAUAUGCACUCGAUACUUUGUUCAGGUUACUCCACAAUUACUCUAUACAGUUUAAGUCAGGUUUAAGUUAAUCAAAUACAGUGAUACCAUGGUCAUCAACGCAGGUAUUGGUUCUUUUGGCAGUGUCCUGCUGGAAAAGGAAUUUAAUGUCUCCAUAAAGCUUGUCAGCAGAAAGAAGCAUGACGUUCUUUAAUAUUUCAUGGCAAAUGGCUGCUCCUACUUUGGACUUAUUAAAACACAGGGGAUCAACACCAGCAGAUGACCUGGCUCCCUAAAUCAUUAGGGACUAUGGAAAGUUCACACUGAAUCUCAAUCAACUUGAAUUCUGUGCCUCUGCACUCAUCAUUCAGACUCUGGGAGGUUGAUUUCCAAAUAAAAUGCAAAAUAUACUUUCAUCUAAAAACAAGGCUUUAGAACAUGCCAGUCCACUUUCUACUAAGCCCUGGCAAGACACAUCUGGGAACGGCUUAACACAAGCAAUGCAACUCCUGUACCCCAUUUUCUUGAUACAUCUGUUUGGAGGGGGGUUCACCAACCUAAGUUCCAGUCUGAACUAGUGCUAAUGCUUCCUUAGCACCACGUCUUUGUGUUUCUUCCACUGUAAGGUGAGGCCCUGGCACUGGUACUAACGUUGAGCUGGGCUACAGGAAAAAAUAGCUUUUGUUAGAAGCUGAAUUCAUGCAUAUGGACGCCAACAAUCAGUCAAAAUGUUGUGAGCUUCAUGUUUAAAACUUUGGAGUUAGUUAUCUUUUUGAUCUGUUUCGUUUAAUCAAAAGUCAGAGUAGCAUUAGAAAAACACCAACUUUGCUGACUUAAAACUUUAUUUCCAUAUUACCUUACACAAAGUUUUACUCGGUCAAUGUGCUGCAUAGAGCUGCACUUACAGCCAAUAGUUUCUGCAGAAAUACCAAUAUCUUUUCUACCGCUAUCUUUUAAUUUUGCUAGAUGAUGUGUAUAAAUCUGGCUGCAAAUGUUUUCAUUGAAUCGUGUUUCAGAGCACAGUACUGCUGAUUACAUUUUGAUAAAAUUAACAUGGUAAAAUCAGGGCAUUUGUUUGCACAAAUACUGAGAAAAAACAAUAUAUUUUGUGAAGUCAAACCACCACCAUGUACUACGAUGCUCCAAAAAGUUCAUAAAAACCAGAGGAUCAAAAAUUUACUCAGUGACAUUAUUAUUGUUCAUACAGACACAAUGACAUGACUAUAAGUUGGCUCUCCAAAACCAAAACGGUUCUUUUUUAAAGUAGAACCAGUCCAGAACAGGUUCUAGCACAAACAUUUUGGUGGAACCUCUUUGGUGGAAAAUCCGUACUUGUUUCUUGUUUACCUUUUUCUUACGCACUUUUUCCUUCCACUUAACUUUCCUUCAGUACGCUUAGAUGCAGCACUACAUCACCCUAACAAAACAUUUGUGUAUUAAAAAAAACUUUUUUACUGGUCUUUAAAUCUUUAAAUUGAGGAACUAAGUAUUGGGUUUUAAUUGGCUUUAAGUCAUAAUCAUCAAAAUUAACAGAAAUAAAAGAUUGGGUUAUAUUAUUCUUUCUAUAAUGACUCUAUAUUUGAGUCUUAUGUCUUGAUUUGAAAUGUUGAUUAAAUUAAUUGUUUGAUAGUAUUUUAUUUAUUUUGAUGCAUGUAUUAUCAUUAUUAAUGUUAUUUUUUUUAUUUCCUGUAUUGUACAUAGUUUUCUUAACACAUCUUCUGUGGAUAUAUGCCUGCAAUGGAAAUGUGAUGCAUGCUACACUGCUCCUCUACUUGACUUUUCAUGAAAUGUAUAUUACAAAAAUAGAAAAAGAUCUCCAAUAAAUGAAAAUAAAAUGUAUAGUUAAGUGCCA